CUCACCAUAGAGAGGGAGCCAGUGUAGGUGAGAACUGCAUAGUUGACCACACUUGGUGGGCCUUGGAGGCAAGUUAGUGGUUCUACAUUCACACUAACUUUAUAGUGAACAUGGGGGCUGGGGCAAGCGCCGAGGAAAAACACUCCCGUGAGCUAGAGAAGAAGCUGAAGGAAGAUGCUGACAAGGAUGCCAGGACUGUCAAACUACUGUUACUAGGUGCUGGUGAGUCAGGGAAAAGCACAAUUGUCAAACAGAUGAAAAUUAUCCACAAAGAUGGUUACUCCCUAGAAGAGUGCCUGGAGUUCAUUACUAUCAUCUACAGCAACACCUUGCAGUCGAUCAUGGCUAUUGUAAAGGCUAUGAACACGCUCAACAUUAGCUAUGGAGAUGCUGCCCAGCAGGACAAUGCCAGAAAGCUGAUGCACUUAGCUGACACUAUUGAAGAGGGCACCAUGCCCAAGGAGAUGGCAGAUAUUAUCCUGCAGUUGUGGAAAGACUCGGGCAUCCAAGCAUGCUUCGACAGAGCCUCGGAAUACCAGCUCAAUGACUCUGCUGGAUACUAUUUAAAUGAUUUGGAAAGGUUGAUCCAGCCUGGCUAUGUCCCCACUGAGCAGGAUGUACUGCGAUCCCGAGUCAAGACAACUGGUAUCAUUGAGACGCAGUUUUCCUUCAAGGACCUCAACUUCAGGAUGUUUGACGUAGGAGGCCAGCGCUCAGAGAGAAAGAAAUGGAUCCACUGCUUUGAAGGCGUUACCUGCAUCAUCUUCAUUGCUGCUCUGAGUGCUUACGACAUGGUGCUCGUGGAGGAUGAUGAAGUGAACCGAAUGCACGAGAGUCUCCACUUGUUCAACAGUAUCUGCAACCACCGCUACUUCGCUACUACUUCCAUUGUGCUCUUCCUCAACAAGAAAGAUGUCUUCGUUGAGAAGAUCAAGAAGGCCCAUUUAAGCAUGUGCUUCCCUGAAUAUGAUGGUCCAAACACGUAUGAAGAUGCUGGUAACUACAUCAAGAUGCAGUUCCUGGACCUGAACAUGCGGCGAGAUGUCAAAGAAAUCUACUCACACAUGACUUGUGCUACAGACACUGAGAACGUGAAGUUUGUGUUCGACGCCGUGACAGACAUCAUCAUCAAAGAGAACCUCAAGGACUGUGGUCUCUUUUAAACGCGUCCACGCUUGAGAAAAGGUAAGACACUUCUAAACCACUAUUCGGAUAUAACCAAUAAGGCAAUGUGGCAUGAAAAGGAAAUUUAAAAUGGCUGUACUAUUAAUCUAUUAAUGCUAUGUUACAAACUGAUAAUUAGUUCACAAAAAGAAAAUGUAUUUAUAUUGUAUAUUAUAAGGGCUGUCGAUUUAAUA